AUGCUUUCCAGAGUCGCCAGACGUGCCUUCUCUACGUCUAGAAUCAACCCUUACAAAGUCACAGUGCUGGGUGCCGGUGGCGGUAUUGGACAGCCAUUGUCGCUGUUGUUGAAAUUGAACCACAAGGUCACAGACCUCAGACUGUACGACUUGAAGGGUGCGCACGGUGUCGCCGCUGACUUGUCGCAUAUCCCAACUAACUCUGUGGUCAAGGGUUUCACUCCAGAAGAAAAGGACGGUCUGAAACAGGCUUUGGACAAAACUGACGUUGUUUUGAUUCCAGCCGGUGUACCAAGAAAACCUGGCAUGACUAGAGACGAUCUUUUCUCCAUUAACGCCAGUAUUGUACGUGACUUGGCAGCUGCGGUUGCCGAAAGUGCUCCAGAGGCUGCUGUGCUUGUCAUCUCGAACCCUGUCAACUCUACCGUGCCAAUUGUUGCCGAAGUGUUGAAAUCCAAGGGCGUUUACAACCCAAAGAAGCUUUUCGGUGUCACCACGCUGGACGUCAUCAGAGCUUCCAGAUUCAUUUCUCAGGUUGAGAAUACUGACCCAACCACGGAGCACGUUACUGUCGUUGGUGGUCAUUCCGGUAUCACCAUUAUUCCAUUGCUUUCCCAAACCAAGCACAAGAUGUUGGACAAAGAGACUAGAGACGCUUUGAUUCACAGAAUUCAAUUUGGUGGUGAUGAAGUCGUCAAAGCCAAGAAUGGAGCUGGCUCUGCUACUUUGUCGAUGGCGCAAGCCGGUGCCAAAUUUGCCAACGCGGUCUUGGCCGGUUUGGAAGGCGAAAGAGACGUUAUUCAGCCAAGUUUUGUCGAUUCUCCACUUUACAAAAGCGAGGGUAUCGACUUCUUUGCAUCUAAAGUUCUAUUAGGACCUCAAGGUGUAGAAAAGAUUUUCCCAGUCGGCGAAAUCUCUUCGGAGGAGGAAGAAUUGCUAGCCAAAUGUAAGGAAACCUUGAAGAAGAACAUCGAAAAGGGUGAAAAAUUUGUUACUCAGGCCUGA